AUGGCCCCCGCCCUUUGCGCCAACUGCAACACCGAGCGGGCGCUCAUCAAGCGACCAAAGAACCACGCUAAGCUUUGCAAGGCUUGUUUCAUCAAGGUUUUUGAGGAGGAAGUCCACCACACCAUCAUAUCCUCACGAUUAUUUCACCGGGGCGAGAAGGUUGCGAUAGGCGCGUCUGGCGGGAAGGAUUCAACGGUUCUAGCGUCGGUCUUGAAGAUUUUGAACGAGCGGUACGACUAUGGACUUGAACUAGUUCUCCUGAGCAUAGACGAAGGCAUCAAAGGAUAUCGAGAUGACUCGUUGGAGACGGUCAAACGGAACGCUGUGCAAUACGACAUGCCAUUGAAGGUUGUCGGUUACGAUGAGUUGUACGGUUGGACAAUGGACCAAGUCGUGGCUACGAUUGGCAAGAAGGGGAACUGCACAUACUGCGGCGUAUUUCGCCGGCAGGCGCUCGAUCGUGGCUCCAAGAUGCUCGGCAUAAAGCAUGUUGUAACUGGCCACAACGCCGACGAUAUCGCUGAGACGGUUCUCAUGAACCUCCUCCGAGGAGAUCUAGCUCGUCUCUCACGAAGCACCAGUAUCGUGACAGGGGACAGCCGAUCUGAGGUCAAGAGAAGCAAGCCGCUCAAAUACUCGUACGAGAAGGAGAUCGUGCUCUAUGCCCAUCAUAAAAAGCUCGAUUACUUCAGCACAGAAUGCAUAUACAGCCCAGAGGCAUUCCGUGGAAGCGCCAGGAGUCUCAUCAAGCAGCUCGAGCGGGUACGCGCUACUGCCAUUCUAGACAUUGUCCGCAGUGGAGAGGAUAUGGCCAGGCUUGUCCCGAGAGACACAUCGUCUUCCUGUUCGUGCAAAGAACAGAAGAACGCAGCCCCAAUAGCGUUAGCCGAAGACGACGUCGGCGGAUGCGGCUCACAAAACGGGCGGACACCAGGAAAUGAGAUGGCUGCCAUGGAUAAGCAGCUGAGGGAUAAUGAGGUACACGAGAAGUUCGAAAUCGACGUCGCCAAAGUAAUUUCCGAGGGCAAGAAGACGGGGCCGGAGAAGCAACAGUGGGGUCUCCCAACGAGGAAUGGCAACAGUGCCACGGGUGCUGUGGGUGGCCAAGUGCUGGGGAAUUGUGAGCGCUGCGGUUAUAUGUCGAGUCAGGCCACAUGCCAGGCGUGCACUCUCUUAGACGGCCUAAAUAAGAACCGUGCGCAGAUACAAAUAUAA